UGAAUAUAUGAACGCAAGCUAGGUGCGCUGUGCAGGGCCGGCUGUGGAAACCUGUUGCCAGUUUGCGCGCGACUUGGGGGCUUGCUUCACACGGCCAGUUUCUUGCGCGCAGGUCUGCCAGUGGGCAACAAUGUACCCUCCACAGCAACAUCAACAGCUGCAAAAGUCGGUGCAGCAAGUGCCAUCGGCUUCGCAGCUGCUUGGUGCGCAUGUGUCCAACCAAUCGGGCCUGUCGCUAAUCCUGAAAAAGGAACGGCAGCGCGGGCAAAAUGGUGAUCCUCGACCCCCAUGGCGGCCUGCUGGUCGCGUGGAGAAGACGGCAGAGGAGCUCGCGCUGCUGGAGAACGGCGGUCCAAGCUACGUGACCAGCCCUGUAGGCAGCCCGCGCAGCUCGGUGCCGCACUACUUUGCCGGGCCGCCGUCCGUGGGAGGCCCCGACUCGGGCGGAGCGCCGCGCCUGUUCUACCCCGCAGACUUCUCCAGCGCGGUGCCACGACCGGACGGUGGCUUCCCACCGGCGCCUGCCCUGGCGGGUCCCGAGCGCCGCUCCAUCAGCCCCACUUGGAUGGCUGCGGCUGCAUCAUCAAGGCAGCCGGCCGGAGCCGGGGCCGGGGCCGGCCUGCAAAACAGCAUGAGCACGGUGGCUGGGCCGACUGGCGUGGGUUUGAUUCAUCAGCCGCCGGGCGGGACAGGGUUGUUGGGGACCGCCGCAGCCGCUGUCCUUGCUGGGCCGCGCGGGCGCGGUGGAGGCCCGGGUGCGAGUUCCCUGGCAGCGGCGGGUGGCAGCAGCCGGCCGGGUCAGGGACAGCCCUCGCUGUUCACGGCAGACGGGGCGGAGGUGAGCGGGCGCAGUGAGGACAUGUACGUGCGCCCGAGAGCAGCUGGGGGCAGCGGUAGCGGCGGCACCGCACAGCCCGUGGCGUCUCAGCCACAGCAGCAGCAGCAGCAGCAGCAGCAUCAGCAGCCUACCCGCCAGCGUAGCCCCACACGUGAUGCAGCCAGCGGCGGCGGCACGCUGCCCUACCAGGCCUCCCUGGAGGAGCUCCGCCGCAUGAUUGCGGCCAAGGCGGCCUCCGGGGCGGCGGCGGCAGGCGCGGCGGCCGGCCCAGUGGGCACGCGCACCAGCCAGCAGCAAGCCAUCCCGUGGGAGCAGCAGCCUCCGCUGUCACAGCAGGCACCGCCGCAGCAGCCCCUGGGGCGCAGCCAGCAGCCCAACCUGCCGCUGGGGGCCACACAGGCUCACAAUCGCCCUGCUGCUGGCGCUGGCUCUUUGCUGGAGCACCAGCACCAACGCCAAUCGCUUGCUGCACACGGACAGCAGCAGCAGCAGCAGGAUCAGAGGCCCUUGAUGCAGCAGCAGCAGCACCAGCAGCACGUGCAGUUCUCGCACGGCGGCAUCAGCGGCAUCAAGCCCGCGUCAGCUGCGGCGGCAGCGACUGUAAGUGCAGUGACGGCAGGUGCCAAAGGGCCAGGCGGCCCGGCCAGAAACGGGAGGGAUGGACUGGCAGCAGACGCCGUCCAGCAGCACCAGCAGCAGCAGGCUGCGGGCGCCUGGGCUCAGCCGGCAGCGCAUGGCCGCGCCCAGCACACCGCCCAGCAGGCCGCCAUUGCCGCGGCAGCUGCGUCACUGCGCGCCACAGCGACCGCGGCGGCGGGACCGUCCGCACCGGUGGCUGCAGCAGCAUCCGGUGCCGGCGCCGGCGCCAGGCACAGCUCAGCCCCGCGCGUCACAGUCCGCCGGGAGCUGUCCAACCCGCGACAGCUGCCCCACCGGCCCUCAGCUGUGGGCGGCUAUGCCUCCGCCGCGGCCAUCGCCGCCGCGCUGGCAGCCGCCCAGGGCCAAGGCCAGGGCCGAGCAUCCGCUGCCGGGCCCUCGGCGCCCCUGGGCAACAGCGGCGACAGCGGCGAGAACAGCCGUGACCGGGUGGCGCCGCGUGCGGGCAGCCUGGGCCGGGUGCGGACACAGGCUCUGCGCUUCAGUGCUGGCGGCGGUGUGAUGUCCAAGCCAGCGGGGCCAGGGGUGGCGGGUGCGCACCCGCGUCCUCACGGCGGUGCCAUUGAGCUGGCUGAGCUGCUGCAGCAGCACACCACCCACGGCCAGGCGGCGCGAACGCGAGCUGGCAGCUACCCGUUAUUCGCCGGCGUGAGGGGCAGCGGCAGCGGCGCCAAUGUGGGCCGUGCGCACGGCGCUGCUGCCGCCAAGGGCCCGGGUGUGGGUCCGGGCGGCCUGUUGUCUGUGCUGGCGCACAUGCCGCACGCUGCCGUGGAGCGGGCGCUGGUGUCGCCGCUGUCUGCGUCGCGGCACUCUCACCAGCGCCAGCACCAGCACCACCAGCAGGAUGAGGAGGAGCCAGCGGCGGGCUUCCACGCCCAACAACCACCGUACGCCUCCACCUGCUACAUGUACUCGCCGCCCUCGGUGCUUACGGAGGGCCCCCACGUGGUUGCGGCGCCUAACCAGGAGGGCGGUGAGGCAGCUGAGGCGCCUGCCAGCACCGCCGCCGGGCCUGCGCCUGCGCCGACUCCUGUCUGGACGACCGAGGCCGUGAUCGAGGCCGUGAUUGCUGACACGUAUGUGCCAGCGCCGGCACCCGAGGAGCCUGUGGCGCCAGUGGACGAGGAAGUGCGAGGCCGGCUGGAGGGCCUGUUCGACCAGCAGGCGGUGUCGAAGGCGACUGGAGCCCCGCCGCAGCUGCAGCUGCAGACGCUGCCGCAGCAUCCACCUGCUGGUGCUCCUAGUGCUGCUACACAGCCCCUCCAGGGCAAGGUGGGAGCGGCUGCGCCGGCUGCUGCCCCCGCCGACUGCUCGCCGGCUGGCGUCCGCCCCAGUCCCGGUGCCGUAUCCGUGGCGUCGCUGGCUGACAGCCGCCUGUCGCUGCCGGCAGCUGGCCCGGCACCCAACCUAGCGUACCUGUGUGAGUCCUCGCCCGAGGCCAGCUGGCAGUCCUUCCCGCGCAACAGCCACCCGGUUGCUGCUGCUGCUGCUGCGGGGCCAGCAGCAGGGCGCAGCCCGCCAGCGUUGCCAGUGCCGGUGGCGGCAGGCUCGGCGGGCGUUUUUGCGGCAGCGUCCCCGCCCGCACGCAGCGUACCUGUUGGCGGGCUGGAAGGUGGCGGCUUUGCGUUUGAGGUGCCGCCCCAGCACCAGCAGGCGAAGCCCAGUCCCUCCGCGUCGCGGCUUGUCCUUGCGCCCGACGCUCGGCGCAUAGACACCAUACCGGCUACGGCACCCGUCAUCGUGGCAGAGCCGGCCGCAGGGGAGGUAGGCAGCAGGAGCACUACUACAGCUAAGGCCGAUGUCGAGGCAGAGGCCGGGGAUGCGACUAGGGGUCAUGCCGAGACUGAGGCGGCCGGCAUGCAGCCGUCCUUUGCCAGUGAGGUAUCCCGCGAGACGGACGAGAUGGCGGAGCUACUGCAGCUCAUGGCGGAAGAGGCCGUGCAGCUGCUGCUCACGCCGAACAGGCAGCAGCAGCAGCAGCAGCAGCAGCAGCAGCAGCUGCAGGAGGCGCCGCGUGAGCGCGGUGGGCAAGACCAUGUGAAUGAGGCAGGCACGGAGUCGGGAGAGAACUCGGGAGAGCGCAAGCCAGCUGCGAAGGAAGCGGAACUCGCACUGGCCGCAGCUGCAGCCGCACCUGCCGCGCAGCCAGCACCGGCAGCUUCGCCCGCUGCCGCCAGCCCCGCAUCCUCAUGCGGGAGUGUGCAGCUGCGGGCACCGCAACCGCAGGCGCCGGGGCGCUACGGCCAUGCUGCUGCGCCACCGCCCACCUCCGCGGCGGCCGGCGCCCCAGCCGCCCCAGCCGCCUCGCCCCAGGCCCCCGACACCUGCUGCAGCGGCACCCGGCGCCCGGCUCCGCUCAGUGAAAAUGGGGACUUGGGUGCUGCUGUGUUGAACCCUUCGCACGAGCAUGCGGGGACGGGCGUUCCUGCUGGGGCAGCGCUUGGGGCCGGUGCAGACCUCGAUGGGGCGGGCCCGGCUGCUGCUGCUUCGGCUGCUGCCGGCGAGCUGCCUGGCGAGCUGUCUGGCGAGCUGCCUGGCGAGCUGGUUGGCGAGGAGGGCGUGGGGUCCGAGGUGGAGCCGGAGCUGGAGGACGAGGACGAGGACGAAGAGGAGGCGCUGCGGGCCAACCUGGCCGAGAUCAUGAGUCAAGCCAUACGCAUUGUGCCGCUGGCCACGGACCUCGGCGGCGCCAACAGUGCCGCACCGCAGCUCAGCGGCGCCAGUUGCGGCAGCAGCGGCCUCCGCCUGCAGGCCGCCGACCCCACCACCUGCCAGUCUGCCCAGGAUGAGGCCGCCGCCUACUCGCCCAGCCGUAGCCCCAGCCACAGCAGCAGUAGGUCCAUGUCGCCGGCUGGGGGCCGGGGUGUGGCCAGCGGUGCGCCGUCGCCGUUCAACCCGCAUGGGCCGUCGCCGGCCGCCGAGGUGUCGUUCGCCUCCACGCUGUCGGAGGGCGUGUCGGUGCCGCCCUCCCCGCUGCCAGCCGUGUCCGUGGAGCUCGAGGAUGAGGGCGAGGCAGGACAGGCGGGGCAAGGGCAGGGACAGGGGCUGGCGGGGCAGCAGCUGCAGCAGGCGGCAGAUGGGAGUGCUGACUUCGAGCUGGAGUCGCCGCCCCGGGCGAGUACGCAGCACCUGUACUCGCUCGGCCGUGGGGCGGUGGAGUUCGGGGGCCAGGCGCCACCUGCAGCUGUUGCCGUGCCGCCACCUGCCGACCACUGCAUAGUGGCAGAGCCCGCAGCUGCUGCAGCUGCGGCGGCGGUCCCGGUCACAGCGUCCAGCCCAGUCGCCUCCACCACAUCUCCUUCGUCGGCUGCCAACAACGAGACUCUCCAGCGUGCCAGCGUGGUGCCUGCGCGGUCGCAGGCUGCUGCGGGGGCCGACGAUAUGGCCACUGGCGAUUCAUUAGCCGGCCCCCGCCGCACCCUGCUGGCAACGUAUGUUGAGCCGGCUGACGAGGCAGCACGGGGGCCUCUGCCGCAGCAAGAGGAGGUGCCUAGCCUCAGCCUGGGGCCGGACGCCGCAUCCACUGCGCAUACCAGUGCUUCCGGGGCCGCCACCGGUUUGGAGGUCUCGCACCCGGAGCACCCCAGCAAGCGACAGCCGCAGCGGCAUCAGCCAUCUGAAGUGGCGGCCGGGGCGCGGCGGGGCAACCGGCUGCAGCUGCGCCUGGCGCCGCCCUCGCCCCUGGCCGUGGCCGAGUUCAGCCGGCAGCAGCAGCCCCACCUGCCAGACCAGAACGGUGGUGUCAGCGGGCCGCAGGAGCAGCAGUUACACCUGCACCAGCACCAGCAGCAGCACCAGGACGCACGUGGGCCGCCUCCGGGCCGGCAGCACGUGGGCCGCCUGUCCACCGACCGCCUGCAGUUCCUGGCCUCAGGCGGCGGCUCCGCAGGGACGGGCAUGGAGGGCCUGCCCGACCUGUCCGUGUCCGUGGCGGCACAGAGGCGGCGCUUCGAGCAGGCAAGGGCGGAGGCGCGCGGCAGUGACACCGGCAGCGCCCGUACCGCCGGCAGUGGCAGCGGGCUGCGCGGCUCGCUGACGGGUCGCUGGCCGCCGUCUGCGACUGCGAGCGGCGCCGCCGCACAUGGCAUGCAGCCCGACCCCCUGGCGCCGCCGCCGCCCUCUGGCCCCAACUCCGUCCGGGCCCCUGCGGCUGCCGCUGCGGCUGCCGUGGGUGCGGCGGUAGUGCAGCUGGCUGUUGAGAUACAAGCAACACACGCCCAACCGCAGUCGAACUUGGGUGAUAAGGCCGUUGCCAGUGCUGCUUCCGAGGCGGCACCCGCCUCCUCCCCUCCGCCACCUGCUGCUGCCGCUGCCAACUGCUGGGCAGUGUUGUGCUCCUUUACGCCCGCCCGCAUGCCCGCCGCCUCCAACCACGCAGCGGCCUCCGAGCUCCUGGCCUCGCCGCAGUUGCCAGCCACAGACACACCCAGCGCCUCCUCCGCCUCCUCCGCCACUGCCGCCACUGCCGCCACCGCCUCAGCCACCCGCAGCUCCGGCCGCGUGGCGGGCAGCGGUGGCCGGGCGGUGUCGGGCAUCCCGCGCGCCCCGCACCUGCACCUGCACCAGCAGGAUCCCGGCUCGCACUCGCUGGCCGCUGCUGCUGUGAGGCCGGGCACCAGCGCCUCAGCCGCAGCGACCCAGCCGGGCGGCGGCGCUGAGGGCAAGGCCAGCGCAGCCAGCAGUGGCAGUGGCAGCGGCCGGAGCCAGCCCGCUAGCAGCAGCGGUAAUGACUCCCAGCACGCCGCACCUUCGCCCAGUCUCCUUGAGCCCCUGUUUGAAGCCGCCUCGUCCCCUUGGGCUGCGGCGCCUGCGCAAAAAAGCAUUGGUAGCGGGGCUAGCAGCAGCAUUGGCGGCGGCGGCUCACAUGCGGCCGGUGCGCGGCUGGGGUCGAGUGCCGAGGUGGCGGCGUACGGCCUGGAGGACCUGCUGCGGCAGGAGGCGGAGGCGGGCGGCCUGGCGGGUCUGGGCGAGGGCGGCAGCGACAGCGCCGAGGACGGCGGCGACCUGCUGGCCUGGUCCACACGCCGAGUCAUGACCGCCUCCGGGGGCGACCAGCACACCCCGACCUCCCGGCUCGAGCCGCAGCGUGGCGGGUCCGGCCUGGGGUCAGCCGGCGCUGUCGCCACCUUGACCUCAUUCGCUGCGUCUGGUCUGCAGUCGCAAUCGCCCGGCGGCGCCAGCACUCGUGCGGUCUCGCUGUCCACGCCCAAAGCGGCAGCUGCCUCCUCGGCGGCAGUCAGCCUGGGUGCGGGCGGCGUUGAAGGACUGUACUCAGCCGCCAUGCGCACCCCGGGGCCCGCGCCCUGGUCCCAGGCACCUGGCGCGGCGCCCGCGGCACCGCCAAGCAGCGCGGCCGGCAGCAGCGCCUCCAGCGGCGGCAUCUCCCACCACCGCAGUGCAGCUGCCUUCCAGACAGCAGGGAACACGGCCAUGCCGGAUCCCUGGGGCUCUGCGGGCGCUGCUGGCACCUCCGCGGCCAGUGGUGGUGGUGGUGGUGGUGGUGGGGCCAGUUCCUUCACCAGCACGCCCUCAGUGGACAGCCCUGCCGGCCUGCCUCGCCCCGGUGGCGCCACCCGCCCGCUGCCGUCCGCGCUGUCGCCCCUGCGGCCGCUGGAGGAGGCCGCCGUGCAGGCCGCGGUGGCGCAGUCCCGGGCCCAGGCUGCGGCACCGGCGGCGGCAGCUGCCGGGGGCGACCCCGGCUCAGGCUCCGGGCUGGGGUCCAGCUGGCUGCCAGCCUUCGACAUCGACUCGUUCCUGGGAUCAGGCGCGGCGGCGGGCGCAGGGCCGGACCCGACAGCGCCUUCCGGCAGCGCCCGGGGCCCUGGCUCGCGCCGCAGCAGCCACAGCCACGUGGCGCUACCUCCAUCUCCGCCCGGCCCCGCCGCCGCUACUGCCAGUGCUGGUACUGGUGCUACAGCCACUGCGGGCGCGGCUCCUGGCGGCCGCUGGCAGCGCAGUGGCCUGGUGGUGGCCAUACCCGACACCGCCAUGGCGCCCGGAGCCGUCAGCGGGCUGGGAGCAGGGGGCGGGGCCGGGUACGGAGGCGGCUCGGCGGCGGGCUCGCCAGGCAGCGGCGCCUACGGCCACCUGCCUCCCGGUUCCCCGCUGAUGUCGCCCUCCGUGCUGCAGCGGGAGCGGCUGCUGCAGCAGGCGGGGGCGGGGGCGGGCGCGGCGGCAGGGCCUGGACUGUCGGAGCACGAACGCACGCGGCAGGCACUGUGGGACAACCCCUUUAUGCGAAGCGACUGGGUGCCGCGACGUCCCACCGCCUCUCAGCCUACCACGCCUAUCGCCACGUCCCGCCCGGCGUCACCACUGCCACAGCCUAGCGGCGCCCUCACCCUAGGUGUCGCCUCGACUGCCGGAACCAUCACCACCACGACAGCGGCUCCUACUGGCAGCAUCUUCAACGACCCUGUCUUCCGCUCGCACAUGUUGGGUCUGGGGCUGGGCGUCGACACGAGUGAUCAGGUACAGGAGCACACGGCGGCUGGCGGGUCCACGGCAUCUGCCGCCGGCCCAGUGCUCCGGCAGGCCGCCGCGGCAUCAGCCCGCCCCGCCAUAGCCGCCGCAGCGCACGCUACGCCUGCGGCACCAGCUGCCGGCAUGACCGCCGUCACUGCCGCCGCCACGCCUGCCUCGGCGCUGGCUGCCGCGCUGCAGCCCGCCACCCGCACGCCGCCCAGCCUGUCCUUCGCAGUGUACGCCAUGGAGCCGGGGACAGCCGCAGCCGCAGCCGCAGCCGCCGCAGGAGACCGUGCGGCAGUCAUGUACGCGGCACGCAGCACGGCUGCGGGCUAUGGUGCCGGUGGCGGGCUUGAUGCCCCCGCCGGUGGAGCCAUGGCUGCUACUGGCACGACUGCCGCCGCCGCGUCCGCGAUGAUCACCGCCGCGGCCCCGCCCCAGGCCACCGGCCCCAGCAGCCCCAGCCCCAGCAGCGCGCGCAAGAGCUUCGGCUUCCCCGGCCUGGCGGGCCCGGCCAGCUCCCCGGGCGGCAUCAUCGUGGGCCGCGGCUGGGGCCGCCAGGGCAGCCAGCAGCAGGCAGCAGCCGCAGCGGGUGCAGGUGUGGGCGGUGCUGCUGGGGCGGCCGUCAUGGACAGCCCCACCCGCUCCACCGCCGCUGCUGUUACCAUGUCCGCCGCCCUCGGCUUGCUUGGUGGGGUUGAGGCGUCACCUGGUGCUGCCCGCACCCCUCAACAGCAGCAGCCUCAUCAGGGCCAUCACGACCAGGGUAACGCGGAGGAGGAAGAGGAGGAGGAGGAUCAGCAGGAGGCUGAGGAGCGCUGCAGCCCGCCUGGCUCCGCCACCUCUGCGGCCAGUGGCGGCAGCAGCUGCAGCUUCGGUGACGACCUGGUGGCGGCGGGGCCAGAGGCGGGGCCAGAGGCGGGGCCAGAGGCGGGGCCAGAGGCGGGGCCAGAGGCGGAGCUGGGUGCCGACUUAGGUCCGGCGGCCCUGGGGCCCAUAGGGGAGGCAGUGGAGGCCGAAGAGGUUGAGGCCGAGUCUCAACAGCAAGCGCUGGAGGGGGCGCAUGUGGGACAGGACCAGUCCCCGGCGGCCCUAGCAGCUGUGCCUGGCCCCGCUGCGCCCGCCGCCGACCCGCUGGCCGCCCACCCGCUGGCCUCCGAGCUGCCGCCGCUGCGCCGCUUCCCCUCCGUGUGCAGCAGCGGCCUGGGCGGCUCGGGCGGCGGGCUGACGGGCGGACUGAGCGCCGCCAACCUGCGCUACUCGGGCGAAGAUGAGGACGGCGAGGCCGAGGCCGAGGGCGAUGAGGAGGAGGAGGGUGAGGGUGAAGAGGACGAGGAGCUGGGUGGCGAGGACGGGCUGGUGGACGCGGCGCUGGAGGAGGAUCAGCGGGAGGCCACAGGGGCGGCAGAUGAGGAGGCAAUGGAGGCGGAGGCGAUGCAGGGCGUGGGGGAGGCAGAGGAGGAGGCGAUGGUGGCGGAGGUGGAAGACCUGGUGCUCUUCCAGUCCCUGCGGCUGCGGCAAGAGGAGCUGCAGACGGCGGGGGCGGAGGGAGGCGAGGGUGGAGAGGCGGAGACAGACACGGCAGCCGCUGGUGAGGAGCUGCAGGCGGAGGCCGACAAUGCGGGGGUGGACAUGGAGGAGACUGAGGGUAGUCCGCUCAGCCCGCUCGGCUGGCACCAGCAGGCCUCCGCGGCUGCAGCUGCUGCCGCCGCCGCGGCGGCCCACAGCGGCAGUGCCAUCAUCCAGGUGUGCUCGGGCCUGGAGGGCGUGCCCGCCACCCCCGGCCCCGCCGGGUCCUCACAGCGCCAGGUGGAGCGCCGCCUCGUGUUCGACGACCCACCCGCCCCCGACCAUCACCAACACCAUGACUACCAACAGCACCAGCACCAUCAGAAGGGGGCGGAGGGCGAGGUGCCCCCCGCCGGACAGCUGCCGCCGGUGCCGGUGCCGGUGGUAGGCGCGCCUGGGAGCACCGGCCCUGCGCCGCAGGGCUGGGUGCCGCUGGCGGCGCAGCGGACCUCGGAUGGGGGUUCGGCCGGGGGUGCUGGCGAGUUGGAGCUGCUGCUGCCCGCCGGCGUGAGCCUGGACGAGCUGCUGGAUGCGGCGGAGCUGGCGGCGGCGGAGGCGGCGCUGGAGCAGGCGCAGGCGGCGGCGGUGGCAGCGGAGCAGGCGCAGGCGGCGGAGGCGCCACCAGCAGCGAGGGCAGAGGCGGGCCAGGCGGCAGCGUCAGCGUCACCAGAGCUGAAGGUGGAGGCGGAGGAGGUGGCCUCGUCCUGUGGCUCCGCCCCCGGCCCCAUGACGCGGGCGGCUCGGCUGCGGCAGCUGGAUGCUGACCUGAGCGGCCGGGGCGCGGGCCCGCAGGCCGCAGACGCAGGCGCGGUUGGGUGUAUGGCCGAGUGCCCUGGCCUCGGCGGCCUGCUGCACGGCCUUUCCUUCCUGUCGCCCCGCCCCGCCGGCCCGCCACGGCCCGGCCCCGGCGGCUACAUGUGCAGCGCCGCCACGCCGCUGCCCCUGCCGCGGUCCGCCAGCUCCGCCGGCAGCGCCGGGUCGGGCGCCGCCGCCGCCACACCCACCGCCCACUCGGUGUUCGUGUCGCGAGUGCGGCGCACCGCAGCCGCCACGGCCGCAGCGACUGGGGCCGCAGCGGGUGGUGGUGCUGCUGGUGGUGGUGUGGGCUUCGGCACGCCGCUGCUGCUGACCAGCGCCAGCCCCGCACGCCCACAGGGCGGACAGCGCCAGCCCGGCGGCCGCCGGCGUGAGGCGGGCGGCCUGCCCGCUGACCACCCAUGGCGCCCGCUUGCCGGCGCAGUGGCGGACACUGCUGCCGCUGACGACCAGGACGCUCGGACGCCGGCAGCAGCAGCUGUGCCCGGCGGCCGGGCACGCGGCAGCGGCAACGACACAGACAGCGGCUGCAGCAGUAGCAGCAGCCCGCGAGUAGACAGCCGCGCCUUUGGCUCUGGUCAGGGCGGCGCUGACAGUGGUGGCAGCGGCGGCGGCGGCGGCCUGUCCAUGGGCGUGUCACGGCGUGCUGACCACGGCGGCGACAGCAGUCUGCGUGGCAGCGGCGCGCUGGUGAGUGAGGUGCGGCAGCGGCACCUGCUGGACGAGCUGAGGGCCACCUUCCUGCGCCGGUCGCUGCAGUCCGUGGCGCUGGCCGGCACGCCCCCGCACCCGCACCAGCAGGAGCUCACGGCCACUGACACUCACGGAUACGGCCCCGCGCUGAGCGCCGGGGGCGGUAGCAGCGUCCUCCACCACACCACCAGCAGCAGUGGCAGCAGCGGCGACCAGGGUGGCGAUCGGGGCGCCGGCGCGGAGGUUGCCAGCGCCCGCGGCGGCGCUGUGGUACCGUUGUCUGUGUCUGUGUCUGUGGGCACCUCGCCGCUUCAGGGUGGCAGGUGGACGCCCCACCACCCCCAGCACCACAGGACAGGAGGCGCCACCGCCACAACCGGCACCUCCACCAGCCCACCGCCAGUGCAGCUGCCGGCCUCCGCGCGGCCGGCGGUGGGGCCUGCGCCGCCGCCACCACCACCGCCGCCCGGCACUCGAGCGCCGCCGCCCCCACCGCCGCCACCACGCGGGCCCCCCAAGGGCUUCAAGCUGGUGACCCCCACUCGCGAGCAGCAGCUGCGGCUGAAGCAGCUGCACUGGGUCAAGCUGGCAGAGGCGGCGCCAGGCUCUUUCUGGGAGAGCGUGCAGGCUGACGGUGCCGGCGGACUGCGGCCCGAGCUGCGCGACCAGCUCCGAGCCGUGUUCGCACUCAGCGACAACGCCGCGGCACUCAGGCGCCUGGCGGGAGGAGGGGCGGCGGCGGCAGGGCCGAGUGCUGCCCCCAACGGCCCCGGCAGUGUGCGGCUGGUGGAGAACAACCGGGCACACAACAUCAGCAUCGUGCUCAAGGGCAUCCGGCGGCCGCCCUCCGCCCUGGCCGCCGACAUCCUGACGCUGGACGCCACGGGGCUGGAGGGUGAGCAGCUGCGGGCGCUGCUCAAGGCCGCGCCGAGGUCGGCGGAGCUGGCGGAGCUGGCGGCGUACGUGCAGGGCGCGCACCCCGCCUACCCGGGUCUGUCCGACGUGGCGCUGCUGGGGCCCGUGGAGCAGUACUUCCUGGAGGCUGGCCGUGUGCCGUGGCUGUGUGAGCGGCUCAGUGCCAUGGCGCUGAUGACGGGCUUCGAGGUGGGCGUGCGCCAGGUGGCGGACCUGGUGGCGCAGGUGGAGGCGGCCAUUGGCGGCAUACGGCACAGCGAGCAGCUCAAGACUCUGCUGGGCCUGUUGUUGGAGGUGGGCAACACGCUGAACGAGGGCACUGCCCGCGGCGGCGCCCGAGGCUACAAGCUGGACGUGCUGACUCACGUGGCCGGAAUCAAGGGGGCCGACAAGAGGUCCCUGUUGCGCUGGCUGGUGGAGGCGCUGCACCGGGAGGCCAACAGCGGCGGUACUGGCGGCAGUACUGGCGGCACUGGCGGGCCGGUCCCGCUGCACCAGGUGCUGCCGCUGCAGCUGGCGGGACCGGUGCGCGCAGCCGCCAACGUGCAGCUGAGCAGUGUGUCGGUCCUGCUUGAGGAGCUGAGUGGCGGCGUGGAGCUCAUGGAGGGGCAGGUGCAGGCGCUGAGGGCGCUGCUGGACAGCAGGCAGCAGCAGCAGCAGGGGGACAAGCAGCAGCAGGACAAGUACCAGGACGACAUUGGCGAGCCCGCCGCCGGCACCGCUGCCACUGGGUCUGACUCGCCAGCCGCUGUGGCCGCCGAGACGCUGCUGCGGUCGCGCGCUGACGGGCUGUUUCUGGAGCGUUGCGCCGGCUUCCUGGUCGGGGCUCGGCCGGCUGUGGCUGGGCUGCAGCGGCGGUAUGCGGGCCUGACGGAGGGACUGAGGCGCCUGGCGGAGUUCUUCCAGGACGACUUCGACGCGCGCGACCCCGCCCGGCCGCUGCUGCAGCUGCGUGACUUCCUGGCGGCGCUGGACAAGACCGUGGCGGAGCUGGAGGCGGAGAGGCGGCGCGAGGCGGCGCAGGCGGCGGCGGCGGCGCGGGUGGCCGCACUGCGACUGCGCACCACCACCAGUGCCACUGCCGCCACCGGUGCAGCGGCCGCCGGCGUGGGCCCAACCAGCAGCAGCUCCGCGUCGGCCGAUGUGGCGGCCGCAGCUGGCACAACUGGUGCUGCUCAUGCGGAGGCCGUGGAUGUGGAGGUGGAGUCUGUUGUGGACAGGGCUGGUGUGGUCCUUCCCCGGGGAGCGGCACCAGUGGCAGCAGGGGUAGGGGCAGGGACGCCACCGGGUGCACAAGCCGCGGUUGUGGUGCCGCAGGCGGCGGCUUAGGGUGUUGCGGAUGUGCGGGGGAUGCGUUUCUGUGAUGCAGGGGCUGUGGCGGUGGCACAUUGUAUUGUGGUGUGGACAUGUGUGUUGUGCUGAGGAGGCAUGCGUGAUGCACGGAGGCAUUCGGUAGCUGGUCGGAUGGGGCUAAGGCGCACCGGCCCAUUCGCAGCAACUCAUUGG